UUGUGGUUUAGAAGUGUGACAUUUAGUAAAACUGGACCUCGCUUCGCCUGUAGGUAAACAAGUCACGUUCGAUCAAUCUCACCGCGCGGAGGAAUGUCUCUAGUCGGGCUUUACCCGUGUUCAAAUGUGUCCGCACCAAGGGAGCUCAGCAUUACAUCUGCUUCCCUUUGUUCUGUUUUGUCACUGACAGCCAUAACGGGAAAUGCUCUUGUUCUCUUGGCAGUAAUCAUAGAUCCCAAUCGUAAUCUUCGCUCACCGUUUAGCUUUCUAGUGGCAAACUUGGCCGCGGCUGACUUGAUCGUAGGGAUCUUUGCACUACCGAUGUCCGUGGAGUUUUACAUACGAGAAUCUAAGGAUAGCUCAGCUAUUGUAAUCACACCAAGAGAUGAUGCUAGGAGAAUUGGAUCAUUUAUUUCAACAACUGCCUCGUUAUUCAGCUUGGCUGCAUUAACUGUUGACCGUUUUGUGGCAAUUACGUACCCCAUGAAAUAUCGAGCUAAGUUAUGCCCUCAAAGAACUGCAUUGGUCUCUGCAUGUUUGUGGAUAUGCGCUAUCAGUUUCCCUUUUCUUUAUUUCGAAGUCGGAUAUCUGAAGUAUCAGUUCGUGUUUGCCAACACCGCUGUAGUAGCUACUUUCAUUGUGCUUUGUCUGACAUAUGCUAGGGUUUUCAAGUCAUUCAAAAACGAGGUACAAAGAUGGGAUUCGUUUAAUGGAGACACCGAGGAAAACUUAGUUAAAAUGAGGGCACUGAAAUGGGAGAAGAAGGUCACAAAGACAUUCCUUGUCAUGUUAACAUUAUUUAUCGCUUGUUUCUUUCCCUCGUUAUUGCUCAUCUACAUCAUAAGCUUUUGUGGGGCAUGUAAUUGUAUAUUUAUUCACUGGGCUAGAGAUUUAAACUAUAUCUUAAUCAUGGCAAACUCUAGCAUGAAUCCCUUUGUAUUUGCUUGGAGGCUACGCACUUAUCGACGCGCAUUUGUAAAGAUUCUCAGUUGUGGAGGGAUUGUUGAAAGGAUUGAAAAUCUCUCUGGGGUCAGUAUGACAUGGACGGGACAGUAUGCUGUGUCCAUGAACUCGUUAGCCGGACAGACAUCUACCUCAACUCUAUCACCAAGCAACAAUGUACCUACUUGAAGUAGUUAUUCAUAGAAUCAAAAUGAAAAGACAAAACCAUUCUUUUGUUUUGUAUUCACAAGAAGGUGCGAGGUUUUAACUAAAAGGCGUCAACUGGAAGUGGAUGGAAGAAAAGAUUUGCAUUUUUGAGGCGAAGGUAUUAGUUUUUUUGUGAGUUUCUACUUAAUUGGGCAUCUAAACCUCAGGUGACGACUAUUUUUCAAUAAACUAUAGAACAUGAUA